GUUGGCGAAUGUGUAUUGUGUGUUGUGUGAAGCAAGUGUAUAAUAGCAACUGGAUUUGAGUUAAAAAUAAGAAAAAUGUAUAUUAAACGUAUUGUUGACUUAUUAUAUUGAAGAAAUAAUUAUUAAAUAACGUAAAUGAGGCAAAAUAAUCUUAAGUAACAUGAGUGACAAUAUAAAAGUAGUUGUUAAAGUCCGGCCUUUGAUUCGCCGCGAGAUAGAAGACAAGCUUUUACUUCAAUGGCGCGUAGUUAAUAACGCUCUUGUUCAGAUAGAUCAAAAUGGUAGGGAAUCUGGACCGUAUUUUACAUUCGAUAAAGUUUAUGACGAGAGAUCCAAAACUAGCGAUGUAUAUAAUGAUAUUGCUAAGCCAAUUGUUGAGGCUGCGACGGCCGGCUUCAACGGCACAAUCUUCGCCUACGGCCAGACCUCAUCAGGCAAGACCUACACCAUGACUGGCACUGACGAGUCACCGGGCAUUAUACAGCUGGCUGUAAUAAAUCUGUUUGACAUCAUCAAAAAUGUACCUGACCGAGAUUUUUUAGUAAGGGUGUCUUAUGUAGAAAUAUACAAUGAAACAUUGACAGACUUGCUAAAUAUAGAGAAACGGGUCAAAAUUCAUGAUACCUUUCAAGGUGUAAGAGUUGAUGCAACAGAGGAAGUAACCACCUCCCCUGAAGAAGUCCUGGAAGUUAUGAGAAAGGGUAAAGCUAACAGACAGACUGGUGCUACAAACAUGAACGACGAGAGUAGUAGAUCACAUUCCAUCUUCCAAAUUACAAUAGAGUCCCGGGAACACAUCGAGGGCGAGGAGGAGGUGGGGUCUGUGAACGUGUCGCAGCUGAACCUCGUGGACCUGGCGGGCUCGGAGCGCGCGGGGCAGACGGGCGCCACGGGGCUGCGGUUCAAGGAGGGCACGCACAUCAACAAGUCCUUGUCCGUGCUCGCUCUGGUCAUCAAACAGCUGUCCGAGGACCGCAACAAGCAUGCAAACUACCGCGAUAGUAAACUGACGCGUAUCCUGCAAAAUUCCCUCGGAGGCAACGCGAAGACCAGUAUAAUAUGCGCCGUGACGCCCGCUGCUCUUGAGGAGACUAUAUCAACAUUGCAAUUCGCUAACAGAGCGAAAUCUGUCAAAAACACUCCAGCAGUGAAUGCUGUAGCGACUGACGCUACGAUGAUUCAGUCGCUCACCAAACAGCUAUCGUCCCUCAAAACGCAAUUGGAGAGCAAAAAGAACGUUGAGAAAGUCAACUUUGAUCUACAAAAGCAUAUAGAGCGUCUCCAGCGACUGAUACUGAACGGGUUUGGUCAGAGGAGCAACACAGAUAUGUUAAGUGGCGCGCGGCGCAAGCUGCAGCAGCCGCGGCGGGUGACCAUCUCCACGCUGCAUCCCAUACAGGAGGACCCUGCGCCCCCUGUGCCCAGGUUCUGCACUCCCAGUCUCAAAUACAAUCCUAUGUCAUUGAACACGUUGCCUGAGUUCACGCCGAUCCAGAGUUCGUCGAGCCUCACCAGCGUCGCCGAGGAGCCGCGCCUCAUCACGCCGCCGCCCAACAAUAGGAAAGUCACAAUCUCCGACGAAAUUAUUGAACUAGAUAGUGACGACGACAACUCAACAGACGUACAAACCUGCUCGCCGUAUCACGGAUGCUUUCAAUCAUCAAAAACACCGCCUUGUAUAUUAAGAAAGAAUGCUAAACUAGCUGAAAAGAAUUUAAAAGACAUAGUGGAAUUGACAGAAAGAGAGAAACUAUACACCCCUAAUGUAGUUGAAUUAAUGGAGAAUUUAGAAAAAAAAUCAUUAAGAAUUGCUAAUCUUGAGGAAAAAUUAAUUCAACUCGAUGAUCUCAGUAAAGAAAAAGACAAAGAAAUGGAAAGGCUAAAAAGUAAGAUUAGUGAAGCAGAGCAGCAAAUAAAAGACAUCGCCUCUGCUAAGACUACUUUGGAAAUAGCCUGCAAAGAGUACGCUACGAAACUAACCGACUGGGAAGUAAGUUAUGAAACAUUACAAAAAAAAGCUAAAACAAGAGAAGAAGAACUCCUUUCUCUCUUGCAGGAGCAUGAAACUAGAAAGAAAAAUGAAAAAAUAGGUAAAAUAUCGUCAAAAGCUUUAGGAAAAGAGCUAGUACACUUUAUGGACCUAUCUAGAGAUAUAUCUUUAGUCAAUAGUGAUAACGAAAACAGUAUUAUAAAAAUAGAAGAAAUGCAUUUGAAUCCUGUAUUACGUACAAACAACGAUUUAGAAACUAAGUUACGGGUUAAAGAUCAGACUAUUAUACAGUUAGAAGCUAAUUUACACGCACAACUUCUUAAAAUGGAUAGUUUAGAAAAUACGAAUAAACAAUUCCAAGAAAUGAUUUCUGAUUUUAAAGAUAAAAUUUCUGUUCUUGAAAAUGAAAAUACCUCACAAUUAUUGAAAAUAGGCCAUUUAAAUCAGACCAUUGAAAGUCAAAAGUCGGCUAACGAGAAGGCAAUGGCUGAUAUUGAAUCAUACGGUAAUAUAAUUAAAGAAUUGAAAAUUAAAUUAUCUAACAAAGAAGAUACCACGAUGACCUACGUAAGCGAUAGUGAUCUAGAAACCAUGAUAUCUAAUGAAGAAUUAUUCAUUGCUAACAAUGAAAAUAUGAAAAAUAUCAUACAGACUUUUAAGACAGCUUUGUAUUCACGUAACGAAGAGAUAAAGAAAUUGCAAUCAACUCUUGAUAAAGAAAGUACUCACGAUUUUAAGACUUUGGAAGAGGAACUCGAAUGUAAGAAAAGAGAAAUUUCUUUACUAGUUAAAGAAAUUGAAUCUUUGAAAGAAGAUCACAUACAAGAGGUUAAUAAUUUCAUAUUGACUAAAAAUAAUUUAUUGAGUGUAGAACAACAAAUGAAAACACAGCUGCUAGAACUACGGGAAACAAAAGAUAAAGAAACUGAAGCACACUUAGUAGAAAUUGCGAAUUUAACAAAAUGUAAAGAGGACUUGACGGCUGAACUAAUGAAAAAAGAACACGAUAAUGAAACACUUCAAACCGAAAUAAACAAGUUGACCCGAGAAGUUUGCACACUAAAAAAUGAUAAUAGAACCAAAGAUAACAUAAUUGCUGAGUUACGAAAGAAGGAAAAGGUAUCGCAUGAAAAUCUAGCACGAGUCACUUCACAAUUACGAAAUAUAAUAGUUUUACUGUCAGGAAAAAUUUUAGAAGUUCCACAAAUGAUAGAUAAUUUAGUAUCUGCUUUCGGAACGUUGACUGACAAUUUAACGUCUUUAGAAGCUAUAGCCAAAGAAAUAAUAAAAGAAAAGAAUGAUCUACGUGUUUUAGUUGAACACCAUCAAAAAACUUUUAACAAGAUAAAGUUGCAGAUUGACGAUCUUGAUAAUUGUGUAGAUGAUUUUUAUAAUGAUGGUGAAUGUUUGAGCAGCAUAAUUCACAAAAAUAAUGGCACCAAGAGGAAUCUUCAAGAUGAUUCCCAUCAAAACAUAGAAUUAGAAAUGAGUAAACUUAUGGAUAAAAUAAAAACAACACUAGAGUGUCUUAAUAAAAAUGCACGAAGUAAAGACAUUGAAAUAAACAAUAUAAAGGCGAAGUUUGAGUCUCAACUUACAUCGGAAAAUGCAAAACAUUUGCAACAAAUUCAAAAAAUUGCAGAACGUCGUAAAGAAUUACUCGUCGAUCUUUUACAGAAAGCUAACGAUGUGGCUUUACAAUUCAACACUCAAACUAGUUCAUCAAUCCAGAUUGAAAGCGACGUUGAGGACACGUUAUAUGAACAAAUAAUUUUAACUUUUGAUAACAUUGCUAACAAUAUAUCGAUAUUAAAGUCCGAACGGGCCACAGAAUCCGACUCUAUUCAGGAAAAUUUGUCCAAAGCAAAGAAUGAAAUUCUUAAGCUCACCGAAGAAAACCGGAAAAUGUUACUAGACAUUUCUAAUUUAGAAAAAAACAAUGCAGAUUUAUCUGCCGAGAUAAAAAAUAUUCAGAGCCAAAGUAAAAUUUUGAAAGUAGAUUUAAAAGAAAGUAAUACAAUUAUCAACGAAUUGCGAAAUGACUUAGUAUCAAAAACAAAUGAAAUUGGAAUUAUAGAAAAUAAAACUAAAGAAUGGAAGGACAAGUUUAGAGAGCAUGAACCUUUAAUAAAAGAACAAAUAAGAAUGUUAGAAUUAGAAAACAUUGAAUUAAAAACAAAGUGCUCAGAGUUGGAGAUGCAAUAUAGACAAUGUGGUCCAACACCAAAAUCAAAUCUUGCAAGUGGUAAUCAAAAAUGUGUUUCAAUACAAUCUUUAGAUUCUCCUCCUAGCCUUUUAACUAUAUGUUGCAAUAGAAUAAUUGAAUCUAUUCAUCAUAAUGAAAACGAUAAUUUGGAAAGUUCUUCAAGCACUAGUACAGAUUUAAAAAACAUUUGCCAAUGCGCAGAGCUAACGGCAGAUUUAAAUAUGCUACAAGAAGAAAAUUGUAUUUUAAAAAGCCGAAUUAAAGAGUUGGAAAACAGGAACGAUUAUCUUGUUAAGGAACAAAAUGAGGCUCAAAAAGAGGUACAAUUACUUGUAGAAAGUACACAAGAGUUACAAAAAAAAGUAGUCAAUCAUCGCACUAACUUGUCGACUCUGACCGCCACUACUUACGCAGAGAAUAAAUCUUUAACCUCUCAAAUAAAAUUCCUACAACAUCACCAUAAUCGCUUUCAUAAUGUAUGCCAAAAAGAUAUUCCGGCCCUGAAAAACCAGUUAAAGACUCUCAUGACAUUACUGAAAUCGGAAAAUAUUUACAGACAAAAUGAAAGCCUCAAACGUUAUUCCCUACCAAACGCAUUAGAUAUUACUCCAACACAUUCAAAAUUUAAAAAUGAGUCCAUUUCGGACUGCGAUCUUUUAAUGUUAGACACCAAUAUUACAUUAACAACAUGUGACAAUACAUUAGUUGACCAUGACCAAACAUGUUUAGAUGUAACUCAGAUUUGUACGUACAAUGAGGUAGCAUGCCAGACUAGCUUCAAUGAAAUAACCAAUUAUGAUUUGUUACAUUCUCAGAUGGACAUUAAACCAUUCGAUUGUAAAAAAAUAUUAGAUACCUUAGAAUCUUUAAAGGCAGAAAACAAUAAAUUACGAGAUCUUGUGGACGGAUAUUCGAAAAGUAAAAAGUCAAAUGCAAAUUUGACUGAAAAAGUCUGCAGUCCUAUUAAAAUAUCAAGUAGUUCAAACGAAACUGGACUUUUAUCAAACAAUAAUGAACCCAUUGAUUUAUCUUGUAAUUGCAAUCAUGAAGAAAAUAUUCGAAUAAUGGUGGACACGCAUAAAAAAGAAAUUACAACUAUGACAAACAAAUUAAAUGAACUUCAAUCUCAAAAACAAGAUAUUGAGCUGAAAUAUCGUGAUCUUACUUUAGAAGUUCCAUCAACUGAGCUCCUAGUACAAAAGUUAAAUGCCAUAGAAAAAGAACACUCUAUUAAACUUAGUGAAAUAACAAAGAUUUCACAAAAUUUAGUACACAAAAAUGAAAAAAUAAGACAUUUACAAGAGGAGAAUGACAUUCUAUCUAAUCAAGUAAUGGAAACUAUUUCUGAACUUGAUGAUUUAAAAAAGGAACAUGAUUCAUUGAAAGAAAUGAAUUCCGUACUUAUGGAAAACUGUGCAAUAUUGGGGAUAAAAAUAGAAGACUCAAAACAUAAGGAUGAGAAAAAAAUCACAUGCACAGAAUGUAAAUUAAAAAAUGAAGUCAUAACAAGUUUAAAAAAUAAGUUAGCUUCAGAGUCGCAUAUAAAAUUGGAUCGAAGUUAUAGCGAUUCCGAUAGUUCAUCCCGUUGUAACAAAAUCUGCAGUUUGCAAAAUGAAUUGCAUGCAGGCAAAGAAGAUUGUAUAGAAUUAAAAGAGGAAGUAACCACAAUCAAGAAUCAUUUAGACCGUAGCAAUAUAACUAUUAAUCAUGUGUUGGACUUGGAUGAUAAUAUUGAAAAUUCUCACGCUUAUUGCUAUAAUGAUUUUGAAAACAUUAAUUCGCAAGUAAUUGAAUGUGAUAUGCCAAACAUUGCAGGGGAAUCUUUAGGCAUUUUUGCUUUAGAUAAAGAAAAUUGCCUCAAUUAUUAUGCUGAAAAAACGGGAGCUAAUAAAGAAAGUCUUGCAAGUGAUGUAAAACUAAUAGAUAUAAUGAAAAUGCUAUAUGAAUACAUAGAAAUUAAACAUGCUAAUGAAGUUGAAAAUUUAGUAAAUAAAUUAAAAGACUUCGAGGAAUCGAAAAAAGCAUUACAAACAACUCUACAUGACAUAAAAACGGAAAAUUUAAGAGUCACAAAAGAGCUAGAAGAAAAAAAUAGUUAUUUUGCUACUAUGGCCAAUGUCGUUUCACAUGUAAGAAAUAAUAUUACUGUUAUGAGAGAUGCACACAAUCAUCAGGACAGCCUUAUUCAUUUCAAAGACAAUUUUUUGAAAGUAAUAGAUAAAGAAUUUGGAUUAUCUAGCACAGUAGUGUUUGACAUAGUUAUACAGCAGUUGCAUCAAACACAUACAUCAGAAAUGGAGAGUUUGAGAAAUGAUAAUACAAAAUUAGAAGAUGAUAUACAACAAAUAGUUAAAAACCUCCAGAACGUUAACGAGAGUUGUACAAUUUUGAAAUCUCAACUGAACGAAAAAGAAAAUGAAUUUAAUUUGUUACAAAGACAAAAAGAAGAAGUGCAUAAUAUUAACGCUGCUGUAACUCUCGAUAUUGUCAAAAUUGAAAAAGAGCUAAGAAAUCAAGUUAUUAGUGGCUACCGCGAACUUGUAGAAAAAAAUAUUCUGCAUGAUGAAAUAGAUUUAUCGUUACCAACGAACAAACUUAUUGAAUUAUUAUUUGAGCUUACGUUGAACAAAAUGUGUCACAAUGAAUUAAUGCUAAAGGAAAAAAAUAAUAUUGCAGCUGAAGUAGAUAAAUUAAAAUCACUUAUAGAUAUAAAGGACGCAGAAUUACGCGCGCUUACAAGUGAGCUGUCAAAACUACAAGAAAUAAACACAAAUAUACAGUUACAUUUAACAAAAACAGAAGGAGAGCUUAACAUACAAAAGUCUCAACUUGAACACUUAAAUACAAUUCAUUUAAAGAAAGUUGAAGAAAAUGAUGUUAAUACAAGAUUAAUAGAUCAAUUAACAAAAGAAGUCAAUGAAUUGAAAGCAACGUUAUUAAAGAAACAGGCUUUAGUUACAUCUUUGGAAGCCAAACUCGAAACUUAUAAUGAAAAUCAUCACUUAGAGAACCAACUUAAAAUCUCACAAUUAAUGAAAUCAAUAACCGAUUUAGAAAAAGAAACUGAAAAUCUGAAAUCUAUAAAUGAACUAAUUGCAAAGGAAAAAGAUAAUUACUCAAUGGAAUUAGAAAAAGCAGCUGCAGUAAUCAAACAAAAUAAAAUUGAUUUGGACGAGAUGAAAGAAACUGUCAAGGAAAAUUUAACUGUUGCUGAUAACCUACGACGAGAAUUCGAAGCUUUAAAGCAAACCAAAGAUACUUUGGCUGUGACGAAUAAGCAGUUACAGGAGCAAAUACAAGAAAAAUGUCAGAAUUGUUCACGUUUGGAAGUGAACAUCAGAACACACGAAAAAACCGCAGAAAUUCAAAGCAGGAUGAUAAAAAGACUUCAAAAACAGAAAGAAGAAGAUGAUAAAUUAACUUGUGAGAAGGACUUGAAACUGGACGAAUUAACUCGGAAAUGCAAAUCACUGGAGAGUGAAUAUGAAAAAUUAAUGAAUGAUAUGAAAUCUUCGAGGGAUGAGAUUGUGAUGUUAAGAAAUGGGAAACUUUUGUUGGAGGCUCGAAUAACUGACUUGGAAGAGGAAGUGCAAAGCAGCAAGCGCCGGCCGUCCCUCGAAGUGACUGAAACGGUCAGACGCCGCCGGCAAAGCAUUCACGACUCGAAGCGAAUGUUUUCCGAGGAUAACGAAGAUCAAACUGCGUUGAAAUCUCAUUCGAUAUCAGAAGAUGUAUUCAUGGACGUGGAUGCCAACAGCUCCAAUAGAAGCACGCCGGUAUUCAUGCAAAAAGGACGCGACAGUCUCUUAUCGAAGCAUGAUCAGAGCGAGAGAGAAGAGGAGCAAGCCCGGUGCCACAGCGUGCAGGCUCACCGCCGCCGCCGCCAGAGCGUGCACGACCUGCACCGCAGCGUGCGCCUGACGCCCGACACCAACGAAAACUCGCGAGAAUCUUCACGCAAUAAUAGCUUCGAUAGUGAAGUGACGCAACUAAAAAAGCAACUAUCGGCUUGUCACAAAGAAUUGGAAGAACUCAAAGAGAAGUAUCGAGAGCUCGAUGAAGAGUGCGAAACUUGCGCCGAGUACUUGCGCGAGAGAGACGAACAGUGCUUGAAAUUAAAGAGGGAGAAGCGGGAAUUAGAGAGCACCAUCGCUGAAUUAAAGGAGAAGUUAACGAACGUCAAUCCAAACAGCAGCAGUAAAGCUAACAGUUUUGCAGAUGCAUCCGUUAAUACUGAUGAAGACUGGGCGAACCUCCACGCCGUGGUCGUGGACAGGAUGUCGUACGAUGCAGAGGUGGAGAAGAACAAGAAACUAGUAAGGACCAUCGAAGAGUUGCGCUACCACAAGCAGGACCUCCGAGCGAAUGUGGACAGGUUGCAGAAAGCGCUGGACAUGUAUUCGUCUAAAGACAAAGAACUGGAGGCGAUGCAAGUUUCGCUGUCGGCCUGCACCCAUGAGCUGGAGGAACUGCGAAAGCGCUCCCAAGAGCUAGAGGAGCUGCGGCAGCGCGUGAAGGAGCUGGACGACGAGUGCGAGACGUGCGCCGACUACCUGCGCGAGCGCGACGAGCAGUGCCGCAAGCUGCGUGAAGCCAACAAGGCGCUCGAGGCGAAGUUGCUGGAGCACGGCGACACGGCAGCAGCACUGCGCUUGCGGCGCCAGGCGCUGCACGACCAGCGCCGCACGCCCGCGCCCCUCGCCAGCGACGCGGCCACCAACACUAGCGAUGAUUUAUUAACAUACCAGGUGGAGAGAGACAACUCUAAACUCGCAACAGACGACAAACAAGCUAUGGAAUUGAAUCGCCUUAAAAUGGCACUGGAGAAGGUGUCGCAGCAGAAGACUGAGCUGGAGCAGCAGUUGGCCGCGGCGCCGCGCUACGUGGCCACGGGCAGCGCCAUCGUGCAGAAUCAGCAAAUAACAGACGUCAUAAAGGAGAACCAGAAACUGAAGAAGAUGAACGCAAAGCUGGUAACGAUUUGCAAGAAGCGCGGCAAGGCGCUGACGGACAACCGCGAGAACGAGCAACCCUCGGAACAGUUCAACUGACCUACAAAACACUAAUUAGUUCCUUUCACUCUGAUUGUAACAUAAUGAUAACAUUUUAGUUUCUAAAUCAUUUCUAAAUACACAUCAAAAAUUGCGGUUUCGGCUGGAUUCAAACCUGCGUGUCUCUGGAAAUAGCGCCCGGAUCGCUGUCGAAGGCCCGUAUUUCAAUAUAGCUCUUUGAAGGAGUACGCUUUAUUUAUACUAUUUAUAAUUUUUAUGAAAGGGACGCUUGUUCAAAUCUUGCCGGUUUCGCAAUUUUUGAUACGUAUUUAAAAAUUAUGAAUAAUGUUUUAAGUUAGUAGUUUAAUUCUUUUUGUAAAAAAAUUUCAGAAGCUGGACUUGUUUUGUUCUGGACUUGUAUUUUUUAUUUUCAUUUGCGUUCAUGUAGAGUUGUUAUGUCGGAUGAUUUAAGCCACGACCACACCUGCGCGUCAUAAACGCGGAAUGUGGGACGAAUCGUGCAUACCUGCGGGACUGUUGUAGUCGCGUAGGUGUGCAUGGCGCCUUUACAAAUCGUUCGCGCUAAGUUUGCACCUCGCUGGAAUGCGGCGCCUGUCUCACUUUCCAGCUCACCUCUCCGGCAGUCGUCUUGUCGCGUCAGUACGGUUCGUAUACCGUACCUAAACGUUCAGUGUGACGUAAUCACGCGAGAUGCAAACUUAGCUUGACCCAGUCGUAAUUAUCGUGGGACGUUCCCGCUUCGUAGUAGCUAUAGUCGCGCAGGUUUGGAUGAUGCUUAAAACUAUCAUUUACAUAAGGCCCUGUUAGAGCAUUGCAAACAUUACAUUGCAAUACAUUAUUGUACAUUAUUACUUUUGCAUGCCUAAGUUUACAGGAUUGCCAAGUUUGCUUUGUUUUCAAGUACCUAAUUAAAAAAAUAUUCCUAAAUACAUAAGUUGGUACUUAAUUCGUUUAUGUAAGAUUCGUUUGAUUUUGGCUUUUAAUUUUAUCGUUUUUUUUUUCAUUUCUUUUUAAUGAUAGUAUAAUUAUGAUGGUGCUUAGAAAAAAAAUACGGACACUCUUUUCACUUAUUUCUACGCAAAAAUAAGGCCUGUUCGUUGGUAACACUAUCUCUUAAUUUAAUUGAUAGCAGCUUGACCUGUAAAAAAAACUGCCAAAUAAAUAAACCUUAUGUAGCGAAUAAUUUGAUAUUUUGACAAAUUCCAAAUAAAAAACUGACCUAUCAGUCAAAUUUAUUCGUUAGUUUAUCAGAUAGAUAAGAAACAAUUUUGCAAAUAUAUAUGUUCCUGAGCAACUUUAUAUAGUUUUAAGUUGGGAGAUGAAUGCCCCAUGAACGAAUCUGUUUCAAAAAGGCUGCAAUAGACAUUCCAACAAUUCGAAAAUAAUUUUACACAUUGAAUAAUAUAAUUACAAUAUUAUUGAAAGUUGGUAUCAUUAUUACAUCUUUUGCCAAAGCUGAUGUGUAGCCAGGAUAGUAAAGAUGCUAUAUAUAAAAGCUUGAAUUUACGUUGUGACAGUUCAGCAAAAGACUACUAAUAAUUAGAAGUUAGUACAAAAAUAAUAAUUAUUGUCUCUUUUGAUUUUUAUGCUGAGAUAUCAAAUUGAUCUAUCUAAUUUCCUUGGUGUACGAUAGCGAUAGAUUGUAACACUGUGGGUCAACGCAAUAUAAAUAAUAUAGUGUUACUUUAAUAUAAUUUUAAAUGCAGAUAUCCAUAAGGUCAGUUUAUGACUCGAUAUUUAUUAUUAGGUACUAUUUAUUAAUCAGGACGGCCCGCACAGGCCAAUAACAAAUCAAUAGAUUGCAAUAGGCCGAGAUCUAUAGAGUGUACUUUGACUUAGACUUAAGACAGAAGUUAAAAUGAAACAGAUUUAUACAGAGAUAGGUAUAAGUCUGUCUCGUUUUAUUUCAGUCUUAACCUGCGCUGACCCGAUACUUAUAUCGUGCGAUAACUCCAGUGCAUAUUGGCCCAAUGAUUUCGGCAAGUGCCGGCCAAUGAACAAACGCUGUUUGCAAACUGCGCAAGAAUAUAGUAGGAUUCUAUUUUAUUGGCGGCUGAGAAGUAUAUACAUUUUGCGUCGGAAUGACAUGGGUGGUAUUGGAAAUUGAAAGUGGAAUCAAAUCACCUAGAAAUGAUAUCAUUCGUUAGUGUUUAUCCAUUUUACCGAUUUUGGAGAAAAAGCGUAGUCGGUUCUGGAAUUUUAAGAUCAGCAGCUCACUUCUGAGCCGCAAAAAAAUUUGAAUCAAUCUGCGAUAUGACUACCCUCAAAAAUCAGUAAUUGCUUCAUAGGGCAAGUAGCAAGUUCGUUGACUGAAUUGGCCAAGCGUAUUGGACUAAUUUGUACUAAGCCGUUUGUGGUACCACUGGCAUUUUCCAUUACUUAGGUACAUAUUAAAAACACUAAUAACUCUAUCGACAAUGGUUGCAUAAAAUAUUUGACGCAAAGUGAACACUUUCACUAAGGACUUAGUUUCAGCGUGUGCUGUUCAAUCAGCUAAUCUUAACUUAAGAUCUUAGUAUUCCAAUAAUUUGAAUAAUAAAUAAUUUGCCUGAACCAAUGAAACUUUUAAUGAGACAUGAAAGAAUGAUGAUUGUAACGAAUUCUAUUUAUUUUAUUGAUAAAAGCAUUGCAUUACUUAUUACGAUUGAUUAAAUUGAAUGAGAAUGAA